GGGAGGCCGGCCGCGGGGCGGGGGCAGGGGCGGGGAGGCGCGGGGGAGUGGUCAGGCCGGUUAAGAUCGGAGGGGGCGGCGGCCGGACCGCUCACUCGCCGCAGCUGUCUGGGGGCCUUAGUCUCCGCACCGCUCCUUCUGGGGGCUGCCCAAGCCAACCACCUGCCUCAGUCACCUCCUCUUCCAACGCCCAGCUUCCCCUGGCCAGAACAUCCCCUAAGAUGGCAGAGGAGGGCAGCAGUACCAAGGACUCUGAGUCCUUCAGCGUGCUCAACUGGGAUCAGGUUAGCCGGCUGCAUGAAGUCCUGACUGAGGUUGUACCCAUCCAUGGACGAGGCAACUUUCCAACCUUGGAGAUAACCCUGAAGGACAUUGUCCAGACUGUCCGAAGCCGGCUGGAGGAGGCAGGCAUCAAAGUGCAGGAUGUCCGGCUAAACGGCUCUGCAGCUGGCCAUGUUUUGGUCAAAGACAACGGCUUGGGUUGCAAAGAUCUGGAUCUGAUCUUUCACGUGGCUCUUCCCACAGAGGCAGAAUUCCAGCUGGUGAGAGAUGUGGUUCUGUGCUCCCUUCUGAACUUUCUGCCAGAGGGCGUGAAUAAGCUCAAAAUCAGUCCGGUCACCCUGAAGGAGGCGUACGUGCAGAAGCUGGUGAAGGUUUGCACAGACACAGACCGCUGGAGCCUGAUUUCCCUCUCCAACAAGAACGGGAGGAACGUGGAACUCAAGUUUGUCGACUCCAUCCGGCGUCAGUUUGAGUUCAGCGUGGACUCUUUCCAGAUCAUCCUAGAUUCUCUGCUCUUUUUCUAUGACUGCUCCAGUAAUCCCAUCUCUGAGCAUUUUCACCCCACAGUGAUCGGGGAGAGUAUGUAUGGAGAUUUUGAGGAAGCCUUUGACCAUCUUCAGAACAGGCUGAUCGCCACCAAGAACCCUGAGGAAAUCCGAGGCGGGGGUCUUCUUAAGUACAGCAACCUUCUUGUGCGGGACUUCCGGCCUGCGGACCAGGAGGAGAUCAAGACUCUGGAGCGUUACAUGUGCUCCAGGUUUUUCAUCGACUUCCCCGACAUCCUGGAACAGCAGAGGAAGCUGGAGACCUACCUUCAGAACCACUUCGCCGACGAGGAGAGAAGCAAGUACGACUACCUCAUGAUUCUUCGCAGGGUUGUGAAUGAGAGCACCGUGUGCCUCAUGGGGCACGAACGCAGGCAGACCCUGAACCUCAUCUCUCUCCUGGCCUUGCGUGUGCUGGCGGAACAAAACAUCAUCCCCAGUGCCACCAAUGUCACCUGUUACUACCAGCCAGCUCCUUAUGUCAGUGAUGGCAACUUCAACAACUAUUACAUUGCCCACCCUCCAGUUACCUACAGCCAGCCUUAUCCUACAUGGCUGCCCUGUAACUAACCUUAAGACCUGAGGGUUUCCACAGUGGGAACCCGUUUAGGGCAGGGGCUCUCAGGUAGAAGAGCCUCUUUCUAGAUGUAGGAGUUUGGCUUUUAAAGGGGAACUCAGCUCUGACUCUGUUUUUCUUUGUGUACCCAUUGGAAUAGGUCCACAGACUAUUGUGAGCCAACCCUAAAAGGACCCAUAGUACAGUGCCACUUGGGGAGAUGCAAUAGGAAGCGUGACUUCUCACCAUCUUUCUAAGAUAGUCACUAACACGUCACUUCCCAGACAUUAGCACAUGGGAUCUGAGCUCGGCACAGUCUCUGAGAUUGGCAGAGUUGGACAGCGUGUGAGAGGCGCUCUCCGUAGCGCAGCAGUCAGCUGUAGACCCUGCAGGCUCUCUCGUUGAGGAUUCUCCGCAGUCACGUGGAAGCUGCGCUGGUAGUCUCUCACUGUGUCGAUUUUAGUCAGCUCCCCAAACUGAUAAAGCGUGAGGGUGCUCUUUGUGACUGAGCCUUCACUCGCGGGACUAAGUUGUGUGUGUCUAGUCCCCAUCGGCAGAGCUGAGAAUUUCAUUCAUCAAUAAACCAAAGCCAAUAGCUGGAGACUUGAGAUCUGGUUGGAAGUGGUUUAUGGUAUAUGCUGUGCUUUAUCAAGGAAUUUUGAGAUAUUGUGGAGAAAAAAAAAUGACCUUUUUCUUGAAAUGUAACUUGAAAACAAAAUAAAAUGUGGAACAUAAUGUUAAAGUAGAAUUGUGGUGGAGGGGCGGUGAUUGUCAAUAGGAAACACGGAUGUUUUGGUUUUGGUUUUUUUUUUUUUUUCUUUUUCUUUAAGGAUUUCUUACUGAAUGAUACGUCUCCCCACCCUCACCCCCAUCCCUGAGCUGCCCCCCAUUGGCUCUCUGAGGACUGACUCUUGUUUGCUUUUCCUGAGUAAGGAGAGCAUUGUUCCUGGAGUCAUGACUGACGUGAGGUUCUUCCCAUGUUUUAAUUGGAAGCCCAUUUUGCACAUCUUUCCCAGUAUGACAAAGAUUUUUGCUGGAGUCCAGUGACUGCUCUUCACCAAUUGCAUUCCCCAGAUAGUUUCCAUAGCUGGAGAAUUCAGGGACUUUAGGAGUAAAGAGUGGCCAGUGAACCAUUCUAGAAUUCCACUUCCUCUCUCCAAGUUGUGGGGGACUAAGGGUUUAGUGUCCAGUCUGGCCUGGGCGUUCUAGCUACCAAGGCUCUUCGAUAUCACUCUGGUACACCUGGGGAAGAGUCCAGAGAGCCAAGAAUGAUCUUCCUUAUUCUGUAGACUUAAGCAUUAUUAUAUUUCUGUUCUGCACUUUGGAAGGAAAACAGUGUUAAUUGUUGGCCCAAAGCAAGCAGUCCACAGAGAGGGAUCUAGGUGACUAUGGUUUUACCUAGUGGGUUCAGAAGAGAGAUUUAGUUUUCCCUGUUUUGAAAUUUUCUGUGGGAUAUUUUCGAAUGCAUUGCUGUUAGGGUAUCCAGGGGAAAGAUAUUCAGUGUUGCCAGCAAGCUUGAUUUCUAAAGUGAUUCCAUCAAAUCCAUGGUCUCAAUUGCUACUUUGUUCAGUGGCCGUAAAAAUCCAAGGAUCCGAACUACUGCUUUGUAUCUGCUUUAAGCAAUCUAGUUUUUCUUAUGCAAAAAAAGGUGUAGUAAAAAUUAAGUGGCUGACUUU